AUGGGGUUAACACCUGGUCGUGUGGCCUGGCGGAUGCCCACCUUGUGGCCUAGGCAUGAAAUGUCUUGUUUAGCAGGACUAGCACUUGGAUUAUGCCCUGGCGAAAUCCGCCUUGUGGCCUGCCCUAACCAACCUGGUUAUACUGCCCCGCCACCUCCCCCUCCAGUAGAAGAUACUGCCAUUAAUAUCAGCAUAUUUAUUGUAGUUAAUAUGACUGCUGAAAGAAGUUGGAUGUAUGCUCGUCUCAUAGACGGUUUACUGAAUCCCAGAUAUUUAGAGGGUAUCAAUGAAUUUAUAGAGAAAGCUAAGACCUGCACAAAAUAUUUAAAUGGCGAUCAGAUCCGCUGUCCUUGUAAUCGAUUUAAGUGCCAAAACCGUAGCUUUCAAGAUGAAAAUACAGUUAAAUAUCAUUUAAUGAAGCAUGGUUUUGUUCAAAAUUACCUUGUUUGGUAUUUGCACGGUGAAACUAAAGUGCAUGACGGAUAUGGUGAUACAGAUUUAGACAUGUCUUGUGGUUCUGACAGUGUUAAUCACCCAAAUUUCAAUCGUUUUGAGGACAUGGUCAUGGAUGCAACAAGCUGUCAUGUAAUGCAUAAUGAUACAUAUGAGAUGCCAAACUCGGCUGCACAGAAACUGUAUGAUAUGUUAAAUGCAUCUAAGCAAGAGCUAUGGCCUGGCUGUGAAACUCACUCCCAGUUAUCAGCUGUUUCACGUUUACUAAAUCUGAAGGCGGAACAUCACUUCUCAGAACGGUGUUUUGAUCAGAUUUGUGAACUCAUGAAGGAGAUGUUACCGAGUGACAAUGUCAUGACGGACAGCUUUUACUCAACAAAGAGACUAGUCCGAGGAUUGGGGCUUCCUGUACAAAAGAUACACUGUUGUGCGAAUGGUUGUAUGAUUUAUUGGGAAAAUGAUAAAGAACUUACACGAUGCAAAUUUUGUGACCAUGAAAGGUUCAAACGCCUGAAGCACAACUUGGGGAAAGGGAAGAGUCAAAUACCAUACAAAAAGAUGUAUUACUUCCCCAUUACACCACGUUUGCAAAGACUUUAUGCGUCAUGUGUUACAGCUAAGCAUAUGACUUGGCACAAUGACCAUGCAACUGAGAAUGGGGUGAUGCGCCACUGUUCAGAUGCUCCUGCUUGGAAGCAUUUCAACCAAACUCAUCCAACCUUCGUACUGGAGGCCCGAAAUGUCAGACUUGGCCUUUGCACUGAUGGAUUUCAACCAUUCGGUCAAUCUGAGCAACAGUAUUCUUCAUGGCCAGUAAUACUAACUCCAUACAAUUUGUCACCAGGUAUGUGUAUGAAAGAUGAGUACAUGUUCCUGACAAUUAUAAUACCUGGUCCCAAGAAUCCGAAAGAGAAGCUUGAUGUGUACAUGCAGCCAUUAGUGCAAGAAUUGAAAGAACUUUGGGCAACUGGUGUUAAUACUUACGAUGCUUUCCAACAGAAUAAUUUUACUAUACGUGCUGCAUUAAUUUGGACUAUAAGUGACUUCCCUGCCUAUUCAAUGCUCUCAGGGUGGAGCACUGCAGGACGCAUUGCAUGUCCCUACUGUAUGGAAAACACAGAUGCAUUUACAUUACGAAGGGGGGGAACUGGGGAAUACUUGCUAAAAGAAAUUGAGCAAAUUGGGUUGAGGCGGGUUAUAGACAUUGACAGUCAUGAAAUAAAUUGUCGGCUUUCAAAGAUAACUGGUUGGCGUAAGCGGAGCAUAUUAUGGGAUUUGCCAUAUUGGUCUUCAAAUAUGAUUCGCCACAAUCUUGAUGUCAUGCACAUUGAAAAGAAUGUAUUUGAAAAUAUUUUUAAUACAGUUAUGAAUGUGGAGGGGAAGACAAAAGACAAUAUAAAAUCAAGGGAAGAUUUAAAUGAAAUAUGCAGGAGACCAUAA